UCUCUCUCUCUCUCUCUCCAAUUACGGGAGAUAACAGCGAUGUGAUAAGCAAGGUUACAUGAAGCACACGUACAUUCGACCUCAGGAUCCCCGAACGUUGGUGAAGCGACGCGUGUAAACGCGAAACGACGGUGCCGGUGGGAUUACCUAGAGGACGUGUAGCUACGUUUGCGUGUGGGUUGGCGGAUCAUGAAAAUUUAUAAAGGCGCAUAAAUAUUUCUCAAAUGCACACCGUCGCUUCGCGCAUUGACUCGGAUUAAUUAUUAACCCGUGCCAGCUGAGUCUUUGAUAGUUCGUGACCGUGAGGUCAUUCAUCUGUUGGUUUUUACGAGGGUGACGGCGUGCAUGAAAUUGGCGCGAGUGUCGUGACAGCAUCAAAACCACGCCACGAUCCCCUGCAUACCGAGAUCCAUAAUAAUGCCCCAUCCGCGGCGCGGUUUAUCGGAUUUAUAAACCGCAUCGUCGGCCAACCACGUUGCCAUAUACAUGAGAAUUACCGUCGGGGACUGCCGCGAAUCUUGAGAAUCUAUCAGCUGCUCACGAGACGAGAGAAGGCUUUAAACUUAAUAAAAAGGACGCCACGUUGGGCAGACUUUAUCGCCCAGGACGUAUAUUACAUUUAUAUAUGCGCGUGAUAGAACGACGUUACGUUCGCCGCGCGCAGGCCACGCCCACACGCGUACAGACAUGCGCAGAUAAGAACCACAUGAAAGACGACAUUUCUCUAACUUGAAAAAUAUUAUGCUUAGAUUAUUUUCUUUUUGGUUUUGGAAGAAUCCUUUUAAGGCCAAUAUACAGAGCAAAAAUCACCUUAAAUUCCAAAAUAUCUCUAUUGUGUUUUUAAAUUAGAGAAAAAUGCGUAGGGAAUAAAUAAUUGUGUGCAGUUGGAAGGGUUGCCUUACCACAAUAUAUUUAUUCCUUCUGACUACGUUUAUCCCUUACACUAUUUUUCUCUAAUAUAAAAACCAAGAAUAUUUUAAAACCUAAUAGUGAGUGACUCAUUUUGUAUAUAAAAAGUAUUCCGCUAAGAGUAAGAUUGUAUUUUUUUGGGUAUUUCCGGAACAGUGAACCAGAGGAGGGAGGGGCGAGGGAUGGCGUGUUUGACGACCGUUUUCGAUUUUAUUGAAAGUACAGGAAAAUAUUUCCGAUAUCGCAAUAUAUUAAAUAUCUUAUUUCCGGCCGCAAUUAAAUCCAUCGUUCGCGUUCCACCAGGACACGUCGACGGCCACGGAAUUGUGGCCGGAAAAUGGAGCAUUGUUGGCGCACUUCCGGUAACUCGUUAAAUAUUGUACACACGGAGCAGGAGUACGGCUAACAAAUGCGGUUAACUUUAUAACAUGUCCGCUGCAUUUCGGAUUACUGCGCGCUAAAUAGCGAGGCGCCACGGGGAUUGUGUUUCCGUGGGACAUUAACAUAUUUUGUGGAAGGGGGAGAUGAUUUAGCGGGACUGUUUUAGUUGAAUGAAGAACGCGGCCGACGCACGUCGACCAAAGGCGGUCCGGCGAUAAUUCGAGCCGCGAUGUUUGUUAUUACAUCGGGAGAAUAACAGCGCGAAUUAAUUCUUCUGGUUGGCUUAAUGGCUCUCGCGGCGAGGUCAACGCCGACGACGACGGCGGCGGCGGCGGUGGCGGCUUCCGCCGCGCGCGAUGAAUGCUUUUGCAGAACUAUUAAUGAUACCAAACAGUCGAGACCUGUUGCUCGAGCAGCGCCGCCUGAUUAAUUUCGCUUGUAUGCCGCGCGAUGGCGACGCAUCGUCCGGAAAAACUCGCGCCCGCAUCGAGCGGGCGCGAGUAUAAAUUGGCAACGUUUCGCGCGGUGUAGGGGGUGGGUAGAAGUCAUUUUCUCUUUUGUCCGUCCGGAAAUGGGAUUAAAUCGCUCUGCUUCGCGUCCCUCUUCCGCCAGCGCAACCUUCGACCUACAUAGUUCUUAGACACCGAUAAAAAGCUACGCGGCAGAAGAGAGCCGUGUUGUAAAGCGACAAAAACGCCAUCGUUCCGAGCGUCGUUAGGAAACUUUUGUCGGCAACGUGGGCUGCAAUACGGGACGGCGAGCAAUCUCUCCGUUAGCUGUGUACCGGGUUAAUUGUCAGUACCGCGAUUAUUCCGAUAAGACGUUUGCGUUGCUGCGUGCUGGCGCGUCAGAGAUGAUGUCUGGUGGCGGGGAAACACGGAAAUCUCCUUAUUUGUAAUUUGAAAAUAGGAGAGAGGGAAAGAGGGAACGGCGAUUUAUUGGCUCUCUAGGGAAAACCCCCUAGGGCUACAAAAUCCAUAGUUCACGUACAUAUAACAAUUGUACUUUACGGCGUAAAUUGAGAGAAAUGGUGCAGAAAAUGAAAAUAUUGGCUAAGAUAUGAAACAUAAAGAUAAUUAUGAAUACAGAGAGAAAAGUAUCAUCCUGCUGCUAAGAAAGGGAUUACUCAGUUGUUUUUAUUUCUUUUAAGCAAUGGUUAUAGUCAAUGGACUAGGUUAUUUUCAACAGAGAAUAUUUUCUUCAUAUAUAUAAUAUUGUUAAUAGUCAUAAUAAUAAUAUCUCUAAAAUAUACUCAUCAUAUUUUAGAAAAGCUUUAAAAAAGAAUUUUCGUUUUAGUUUAACAUUCUUGUUUAAAAUGCCAAAUUCACUAAGAUAAAAGUUCCCGGACACGAAUAUACUUCGAACAAAUCUGAUGUUUACAAUUAGAGCUUAUGAUAUAUUUGUGAAUAAAUAAACUUAUGAAAUGCUUGAGACGAGUAAAAGCUUGUGCUUGUUUCAAGCAUGCUUGAAUGCAGGAUAUAUUUUUCUGUGUGUAUACGAAGGAAAAGAAAGCUAAAAUCUCCUUGCAAGAGGAGGGAGAGAGAAAGAAAGUAAGUUUUCUCGACCCGCCCUGCUUUCACGAUCACCUCGCAGGGACGAUUUACACUUUUGCCCCGGCAUUCGUGCUCGAGGAAUUGGGGGAAAAAGGGGCAAUAAUUGGAACCAAAGCGGAUCUCGGUGGCCACCAUGUCGCCGCGAAAUUGAAUAUUGAAAUUUAUGGCCGCCGCGUUAAAUAGCGCGCGCGGCAGUCCCUCCUGCAAAGUUAGGUGCGACAACGGCGCGAGUAAUUACACAAGCGCGACCAAUUUUCCUUCUCCGCGUCCUGAAAUGCCCUCGAAGACACUCGACCGGCCUUCCGAGCAGCGCGCUGGCCUUUCAAAGGGAAAUUUUCCUCGAGUAAACAGGCACAUAAGAAAAGUCCGGCGUAAACUGCAAAAUCCCGCGGGGCCGUCCCAUUUUUCGUUGCGCGUGACGCGCUGUGAAUUAAUCUCGGCCGCCUUUUAACAAGGUUAUGGUCUUUUGCGAUAUCCGGAAGCGGUCGAGCAAAGGUUUUUCCCUUCUAACGAGAUGUUACGCCGGGUUGAAACCACUUUGCCGUUACUUCGCCCGUCGGACGGGAAGGAACAGACGUUCGUUCGCUCAGCCGACAUGAGCGCCAAAUUAUCCAGCAAGCAAACGUGCUUACACGCGCUUCGAGGGUCGUCAUAUCACGACGCUUUUCCAGACAGAGAGAGAGUGUACACUGAGAGAAAAAAACGGUCAAUCUGACAGAAAUUAUAGUUAUUUUUUACCCCAAUCUUAUUUUUUGCUUGUUCCAACACGAAAGUUGUAGUAGUAACACGUAUAUCCGUAGUAACACGUAGUAACGAUAUUAACAUUAUAGUAGAGUUUAAUGCAAAAGCAGCGGUUAAAACAGAGCAUGUAAAUUUUCGCGAUUUCUAUGACGGCGCGAACGGGCAAAAAAUUGUAAAAAAGGAAGCGACGAAUUCGCUUCUUUUUCCGCUUCUUUCGGAAAAUAAAAAGAAGAAACAGGGAUUCCACUGCGAGAUUUACGAGCUAGGCAAAUUCGAGCGCGGCGAAAACAUUAGGCACUCGAGAGAUGCUCGAAUUUUCCGCGCUCGAGCGAGUAUUCUCUUUCUCUCUCUUUCUCUCUCCCUCUCGUGCGUGCAAAGUAUAAUAAAUUCCGUCCCUAGCUGGCGUACACACACCAGUAGUCAGCCGGCUGGCCAGUCGUCGUUUUGUCUACUUUGUCCGUGAGCCCGUCGAAAUCCUCUUUGAACAGCGCCGCGGAAACUCAACAGAUACAAUGGGAGCUUUGGGAGAUUCCUCAAAUCCGAUUGUAUCCGAGGGGGCGAAGGUAUCAAUUUACGAUCGCGACGCGGCGAUCCGCCGCGGUUUUGCGAAUAAGAACAAUAUCGCGCGGCCGCGAUCGUGCAAAAUGAAAUCCAUUCAACAGGCCGCGAUGAAUGACGACAACGACGAACGACAACGACGACGACAACGACGACGACGUGACUUGUUGCAUCGAAGUCGAAGCGCGCCGAUAUCCGCCGGACUUUCCGUCGUCAAUUCGCGCCACCGGACUUCCGUUCUUAAUUGAAUAAACUACCAAGCGCGGCUUAAGUCGGCUUAGAGAGCAAAAUCUGAAACAGUUGGAAAACGUCCACAGACGACCCGCCGCGGCUUUAUCACCCGCCGUGCGACUAGUUUUUCAUUCAUCCUCGUUUCAUCUCUCUCUCUCUUUCUCUCUGGCUCUCUCUCUCUCUCUCUCUCUCUCUCUCUCCUUUUCUCGCGAGCUCGUAUUAUAGACCACGUCGCGCGGAAGGAGAACGUGCAGUAACUUCAUCGCUUAAUAUCGAACGGCGCUUUCCAUGCCGGUAAUGACCGACGACUUGCGACGCGAAAAAUCUCAAGUUCACGCGACAGUGAACUUCUCUCUGCCGUUCACCGCCCGCCACGUGAAUGGUAAUCGCGUUAUGAGCCGUACGGCUGUAUAGCGUGUAAUAAACAUUCGAGUUGUAAUACGCGUGCCGCGAUCGAUAAUCCAGUGGCGGUCUGGAAUCUCUCUAGCUGUACUGACGGCUAAACUUCGAUAUCUGCCAUCGGGACACGAGGGAAAGAUAGAGAGAACGACCGUGCGACUCAGUGUAGUUCUGUGAGAGAAAGAUCCGAUUAGCAGUAAUGGAAAGUUACUUCGAUUAUCUCCGCCGUGACUUCUCUGUAAAACACCCAAUUAUUGACCUACCUUUAGUUACAUUGACAAUUUAAAUAAAAAGAACCUGGCUUUUCAUGCAACCACACACACAUACAUUGUGAAAAAUUUUAUAUUAAAUUCAACACUUCACAUAUCCCAAUUUAUCUACUCUAAUUUAAUUUAACACAAAGUGCAGAUAUGUAAACAAUAUGGUGAAAAUUAACGCAGAAACGUACACUAUUGUUAUUUUAACUGUUGUUAUUUUAGGAAUGGUAAAUAAGAAUUCAACGCGCGAAAAUAGUCAAACUAACACAACGACAGUAUAUUAAAUUAAUACACGAGUAUGUUGAAAAUUUAAGACAAAAUCUUUCCUAGAUGGAUCAAUAGAAAUACGAAAUGUCUUUUAUCGUACAGCAUCCCAGUUAGAUUUCUUGCGUGCCUUUAAUGAUAUUAAAAGAGAAUUUCACAUCUAAAACCGUGAAUAACCAAUAUUGAUCGCGAGAAAAGCCAGACUACUAGAAUGUCAAUGACUAAGGAGGAUCAAUAAUUGAGUAUUUUAUCCUAUUCGAGUUUAUACUAGGUCGUGAUGGAACUGUGACGUUUAUAACCAGUUAAAGUAACAUUUCUGGAAGAACUUGCUACGUCAAUUUAUAAUGUACACAGACACAGAGUGCGUGUGAAGUGAACGGCGACGAAUCGUGCUAAAUAACUCUAACUACCGUCGGUAGUUAUCCGUAAUGCUCCUAACUUUUCCCUUACCGCAAAAUCAGUCCAUAUCCCCUUGUCUAAAUUAACAAUAUUCCGUUCCGAUAUUUUUACGCCAAUGGUUUCGCGACGAAGGUCACGUUACAACGAUGCAAUAACGAAGCGACACAUUAAAGUGGAACAAUGGAGCGCGGGUAACCUUGUUUUCCCGAUCGACGUGGCGCGAUUCUUCUGUGAAGGGCGCGCCGAGGGGAAAAUAUUUGCAAGCAAAAGGAUUCCGCGGCGGGUUGAAUUCGCAACGACGACGACGAUGACGACGACAUUUCGUCAAAUAGGAGGACGGCUGCAUGCAUAGCCGUUUUGCCUCUUUUGUGAUGCAACUCGUGAAUGCCCAUUUUGACCCGGCGAGGAAUCUGUCGUGCGGUAUAUCUAGCGCAAUAUCGUCGCGAUGGUAUUCUUUUCUGUGCACGGCAUCCGCGCCACUGCUGUCUCUCUGUGCUAGUGCUCCGCCUGCUUAACCGGAAGGAAACCCCGAUAGAAGACUACUGGCAUGUGAAACGACGAGGAUAAAUUCCGAGUACACGCGAGAUGUAAAGAGGAGUAGGUCCGUCGCCACCGUCACCGCCGCCGCUGCCGUCGAUGAUAAACAGACGUGUCGUCUGAUAUAUAGCCGGGUAUACGGUAAAUAGCCGGCUCCGGGCCGGCCUGUUAAGAUCUCAAGAUCGGCGAGUAAUUUAUUAGCGCCGCGAUGAAAUAUGUCGAACCAUAUUUCCUUGGACGCGCACACAACGCUUCACAUCCGAUUCCGUCUCUUAACGGCGUUUCCCCCGAUUCGUCCGUCGAACGAACGUCGAUACGCCUUUAAAUGGGAAGAAAAGGAGCGAGAGCUGAAAAAUUUAAGGCGCGUUACCGUGCAAACUGUCAUUUUCCUAUAUUUUUUUUCUUUUUGCCUCUUUUUUCUUCGAGCUCGAUACGCCGGAGUGGCAGUUGAUCGAACGAUUUCAGGUGAUAAUAGGAAUACGUCCGCCGACAUUUCAUCGAUUAUCCAUUUAUUUAUUUGAAAAAUUUGCUUAUUACGCGAAUAAGAAGAUGGAAGAUAAAGAAGAAAGAUUAAUAAUAAUAUUAAUAAAUAAAGAUAAAAUAGCAAGAAGGAGAAGGAAACUUGAGUAAUAAAGUACAUUCAGUAAUAGAAUACAUUCUGUAAUAGAGUUCACGGCGAAAAAAAUGUAUUAACAUGAAGUCUGGUUUUAAUGAACGCACCAACGCGUUUUGUUCGGAAGAUCCAGAAUUUCUGUGUGAUCUCUAUGACCCAAAUUUGACUCUAAAAGAAAUUCAAUUUCCUCGACCAAAAUGCGUUAGCUCGUCCAUCACGAGCAACUUCAUGUUAACAUUACAAUCAAUCUCUUUUCUCCGAGUCAUACCAAUUAACUUAAAUUAACUCGACUGAAAUAACAUUUUAUGGAUACAAAUUAUCGCAAUUGACGCGGAUGAAACGUUUAAACGGCACAAUUGAGUCUGAAAGGAGGUCUCAUGAGUGCAAAGUGCGGCAUGCAAAUUUACAUAUCUUUGCGACUAUCAGCAGAAUAAAACAUCUCACGGGCCAUAGCCGAAGCCGAGCAAAGUCGUUGUCUCAACGACGCGCAUAAUGCGUGCAAAAUUAGGUCAAUGUCUUUGAAGAUCGCGCGCGACUGAUCCGCGCGGGAUUGACGUUAAGCGACGCGCGCUCUUAUUACUGCCGCGAGACGAUGAAGCGAUUUCAUCGCUCCUCGUCGUGAAAAUCCCCGUCUACGUGAGUGAGUACCCGCGUAUCACGGAGGCAGUACGAUACGAAAAAUCGGUAUCAGGAUGCGCGCGCGACGCGGCAAUAACGUUGACAAAGGGCGUGCUCGAUGAACUCUCGUCGAGGAUUCUGCAGGGACGGACGGCUGAUACCAUCAUCGACCGUCGUCGGUUUUUGGGUCGUGACGGUUAUUUCGAUCAUCCUGGCAGGACACGCGGAAUCGCCCGCUCGUGAUCGAUAAGAAGCGCCGUGCCGAGUGCGCGAUUCUCUUUUGAAGCGCGGCUCUCGAGUCCGCCGCUCUUCAUUUUCAUAAAUUAUUAUGCCGGUCAAUCGAUCUUUCUCGCGGCACGCUAUGUGAUAUUUCAAGAAACGCGAAUACUAUUCUAUUCGGAGUAUUUCGACUCGAUUUCGACGUAACUGCCGUCGCUGCUUCUCCGUUAUAACUCUGGAUUGGGGCCAAUGGAACGCAGUUGGAUGGAAAUCUUUAUAAAGACACUCUAUAAAGAUCUGAGAGUGAAAUUAAAUGGUAUUAUGAUAAUGGAGUGUCCAUUAAUCGGGCAGGAUUUUAUCAUAUUCGUUGGUGGUUUGGUCAGGUUAUACUUGGAGACUUCUCUCCGGUCGCGAGCGUGGAUGCGAGCAAACGCCUCAGCACGUUUUCUGUCACUUUGUGACUAUCUCGCGAUCUUACGUUACGAUGUGCACACACGUAUUAUAUCCUUGAUCGUGUACGGCCGAACGUACGCGAUACACACACGCACACACCAUGGAAACUGCAUCGGCUGCGUUGGCUCGGUGCUCAGGCCCCGUGCCCCAGGUGCUGAGCCACAUGGCGGUUGGUUUUUUGCUAUUUUGCAGAUAACAGCAACGGCGGCAUGAACGUACGAGACUGGUUACAAAGUGCCAUUCGCGUGGUGUCGCGCGAUCUCGAACGUUCCAUCAGGCUCGCGCCUCGGCGACUUCCAUGCUUUGUGUACGCAGUGUAGCCCGUGUAGAAGCGGCAGAUCGCAACGGAGAAAGACACUCCCGGCGAUACAUGUAGACGCGAGAGUGAUCGUUGGAGAAAUCCGGUAGGACUUAGCUAGAGCGUUAAAGUGUGAGAUGUGAGGAUUCCGGAUGGGCCGAGUCAACAUGGAGAUCGUCGCGAGACCAGACGCUACGACGGCCUCCGCGAGGUUCGCCGCGUCGCAAUUCAUGUUCCUCCUUGGUCCACGCGGCGGGAUGUGACUUGAUUCGGACGCGAGCCUCGAGACUUACGACGAUGAAUCGCCUCAGGGAUCGUCAGAUAGAAACGUAGGUGUGUAACAACAACAACAACAAGAAAAACGAUAAUAACAAAAAAACGAUACAAAGAGAAAAGAGACAAGAGGCGUAUCGCGAGCGGACAAGACUGCUGAGAAAGAUGGACUCGACGAAAUUGGGCGGUCCAGCGUCGAGCAGUCCGCGGUCUCACUCGCCGGUCUUGCCGAGCUACGCCGCGCCCAGCGAUGGUAAUAUCGACUACAUCAUAGGUGACUACAUGGAGAGACUCGGUACGCGGCUGAACAUUCUCGAGACCGAGCUGAAGUACGCGUGGCGGGCGUUGGAUCUCCUCAGCCAGGAGUACAUCAAGAUGUGGGAGCGACUGGAAAAGUUGGAAGGCCUACUGUAUGAGCAGCAAACGGUGAUCAGUCAACUGAUCGAGUUCUACACUAGUGGCGGUACGCACGAGAACGUGAAUAUCGUUGAGGAGACCUUGGCCAAUCAGCAAGGCUCAGUGGGUGAGUUGGACGCGAUCGCAAAGAGCUUGGGCGCAGCGAUCGGCAUCGAGGAGACCGAUGUGCUGCGAGAGAAACUCGCGCAACAAGAGCUCGCGAGGAUGCACGGGCUCACGCAAGACAGUACGACGGCCGCGGCCGUAGUCACCGACAUGCACAGGAACGUGAGGAAUCUCGACACCCUGGAGACUCUCGAGGAAGAGGGCAACAUUCCCGACGAGGCCUUUUACAGAAGCCUGAAUAACGCUUACAGGGAGGACCUGAUCUGUGGGGACACGUCGAGACCGACGUCGCAGUUGGGUAUGAUCUGGGAAGAAGCCGAGGACGAAGAUGUGAACGGCAAGAAGGAAGUUGAGACCAGCCUCUUCGACAAGACUAUACCGAAGGAGGAGGAGCUCGAAGAGCUGUCCACUCAGGCGCCACCGACCAAAGAAGAAGUGCAAGCGUCUGCAAUGAAGAAAGAAGACGAAGCGGACGAGGAUGAAGGCGAAGUGUUCAGCGCGGCCGAUUAUAAGAGCUAUCGAGGUAACACGCCAUGCGUCAGCGAGCAAGAUCUCGCGCAGCUCUCCAGGCUCAGCUCCCUCGACCAGGUGGCGUUGGAGAAACUGCACGAGAUCGAUCGACUGACUAGUAAAUUACAAAAGGACUCGCAGAAUCUCAUAGAACUGCAGUCGCGGCUGAUCGACUCGCCGAAGCGGCAGUAUUCGUCCGAAGCAGAAGCCAAGCUGGCAGAAGAGGCGAGCAGCAUAGACGAACAAUUGAGGAAGAUCUAUGCGGAGACCGACGUGGACAGUUGGACCUUUUCCAAGAGUCCCGGAUCCACCGGCAGAUCGAUCUCCAGAGUGAGCACAGAUAGCGGGCUGGCCACUGACGGCGACUUCACAACGAGAUCCAUAUCACCAAGACUGACCUCUACGUCCAGGAGCAACUUAGACUCCAUUUCGACUACCUAUACUCCACCUAGAUUAGGUUACACGUCGGCCAUAUUGGAGAAGAGUCCCGAGCCGGUGAUCCAGCUGCCGAUCGACGUCGGUAGCUUCGCAAAGGGGUAUGCGGAAAACAAGGAGCUGACGGAUCUGAUGGCAGAGAGCUUCGCCACAGCCGUCACCUGUGCUUCGCCCACCAUUUACAGCACCACCACCGACAAGGUGCCGUCGCCCACGCUGUCGGCAGGCAGCGUGCAGAGCGUACACAGUGUCCAAGGGCUGCGCACCAGGCAAGACGGUUACUUUGGUAGCGCAGCACGACUGAAUCUUGAGUUCCAAGAGAGCAGAACACCUCCCAGUCCGUCUCCCAACUCGCCUCCGCCACCGGCACCGCGAGACACCACCGAGUCCUUCCUCAUGCCCGGUGCGGAUCAGCGAGAACCGGAGCCCAAAAGGUCGCAGAGCCCGAGUUUUUUGCGAAAUGCCGAGAAACUCGUUUCCAUGGAGCAGGGUCGCUUAAGUCCGCGCACUCCUCACUCACCAAAAUCACCGAGAGUCUCGCCGAAGCACGCGGUCAAGUCUAGCAGUGCCGCCAACAUAGUCGCGGCCAAGUCCGACUCUGGCCUGUCCUCCAUGAGCGGUUGGAGCAGUCUGGACAAGUCGCCGAGCUCGCCGAAAAGCUCUAUCGCAAAGAUGCUGACCUCCUACUCGGUGGAUCACACCCGCACGAGUCUUAUAGCCAGCACGCAACCCGCCAGGACUUCAAGUCCGAUCCCGCCGUUGCCGGAAACUACUACUACUGCAACUAUCACGCAGGAGCCGCUCUACGACACUCCUGAAGGUAGAGACGCCUUCGCGAGCACUAUAGCGACUACGACGAGUCAUCCUUACACCACGACAAUGAAUCACCUGUCGGCGUAUACGACCACCGCCAAAUCACCAGCCAAGGAAGAAUACAAUUUCGUGCCUCCGCCGGCGCCGCCAGGCGUCACCACCACUUGCCAGAGUCCCAAGAAACGCAGCCGUCAGCAGAGUCUUCAGCAUACUUAUGACUCGGUGCCAUCAGGCACGUCUACGGAUUACGUCUACAGGUCGGAGCAGCCGGCCAUUUACUCCGUGGCCGGUAGUAAUCGGCAGCAAGCCAUCACGAGCGUCUACACUAGUGGAUCUGGCUCUUAUGGACCCAAAACUACGACUUCGGCUUACUAUUCCGACUCGAUGGAGCAGUACAUUAAUUACCCGGACGGUUACAGCGCGCUUCAGUAUACGGAAACGACGAGCGCCAUGACUCACGCGAAGAAACCAAUACGCGGCAGCUCGUUCACAGACGGCAUGGCGAAUCACGAGGGUUACAAGGCGGCGAUGUAUCGGCAGAUGUUCCCCACCGGCAACAUCACCGACGCGCUCUCGUAUUAUCCAACUAGCGCGAACUUGCCACGAACGGAGACGAACGACAGUUCAUGGCUGAACUCGAUGGAAGAGCAGAUACCGCACGACUCGACAUCCUCCAGCAUUCGAUCGCUCACCUCAGACGGCAGCUACGCUCAGAGCCCGUACACGGAUCGUAGGUAUCCCCAACCACCGGCCUAUCAAGCGCAUCCCUAUCAAUCGCAUCACACCUACGCGAAUCAGAAUUAUCCGCAAGCCUACCAACAACAAUACCAGCCGUACAGCCAACGACUCAGCAGCUCUGAAAGCGCGCAACUCGCAGAUGGCUAUCAGAGACAAUGGCAACGGGAGCAUCAGUACAUUCAGGAUCACGAGAGCGGCAGGAUACCCAUGGAGCAGCAACAGACGCAGCAAAGUGAAUACUACGACGCAUCGAGCGUAAUAGUCUCUCAGUCCGGGUACAUCAGUAUCGCUACAAACUUGAAGGAUCACGAGGCUGAGAAUACCAAACUGUCGAAGAAAGUCAGAAGGGGUUCCUCCUUGAAGAACGCGAUGAGCUCCAUGAGUAAUUGGCUACCCGAUCUGCAUCUCAGUAAACGACACAGAAGUCAAUCGCUGCCGGGAGGAGUGAGAAGAGAAGACUUGGAUGUGCCUCAAGACGGUCAACAAAGGAUACCCGCCGAAAUGGCCAUAGGGAGAGGGCGGGGUAGAGGUCAGACCGCGAGGAAGAAAAAGAAGCAUACUUUAGUCUCCACGGUGUCUGGCAUUUUGCAGAAAGCAAAACGCCGCAGUCAUCAGUCGCAAUCGCUGUCCGACCCGGAACAGUCCGAGACCGAAUGGAGUAGCGGUAGACAAAGCGGCCUAUCGGAAGACGAGGAUAGCGUGAUAUCCGAUAUCACUCAAGAACCGCCUUUUUUCGCAAAAGUAAAGACCGCGAGUACCAAGAGAAAGCAACCGCCGCAGCAAAUGAUGGCGCAGCAACAGCAACCACACCCUCAGCAGAUGCAAGUGCAGCAAAAGGAUUAUAUACAACAGCAACAACAACAUCAAGCGGCUCUGCAACAACAGGCUCUUCAACAACACCAGGCCCUUCAGCAGCAUCAAGCCCUUCAACAACAUCAAGCUCUUCAACAGCAUCAAGCUCUUCAACAGCAUCAAGCUCUUCAACAGCAGGCGCUUCAACAGCAGGCGCUUCAACAGCAACAAGCGCUCCAACAGCAGCAGGCACUUCAACAGCAGCAGAUACUUCAGCAACAGCAACAACAGGCGCUUCAACAACAAAUCCAGCAGCAUCAGGAGCAACUUCAUCAGCAAGCUCUUCAAGACACGUGGACCAAGGAGAAGGAGCAGAGGAAAGUCGAAGUUAGCGAGCACGACAUGAACGAACAGAUGGGUAUUGUCGAGGAAGAGACCUCUGGCAAGAGCACCGGCUCAGGAUCCGCCGGAUCGUCCAUCUUCCAGACUGUUGGCGAUAUUAAGAGGUCGACGGGUAGUUCGGACGAGGCACCAAACGAGAAAGCACCGAAAUUGCCGCCAGUCACUCUGAUUGGCGGCUCGAGCAUGGAGUUCGCGGUCUCUCGAGCUCUCGGCAAAUAUCGUCAACGACAAUCCUCAACAGUGUCGGACGACCAACCACCGACCGAGGAAACCAACAACGAUAAGAAGAUGGAAGAGGGAUCGGCGCAAGUGCUGGAGGCGAGUUUCGAGUAUUCAGAAGACAUGUCGGAGAAGAGUGAGAAAAGCGAAAAGUCUGGCAGCGCGAAAUUACCGGAACUAGUCACUAGUUUGUCAGAAGAGGCUCCACCGUCGGAAGGUAGCCCUUCGGCGUCCAGCAUGGGAAGGGGAUAUGGACCUGCCGGUGGUCGUUUCUUGCCGCGCCAUCAACAAUCUUUGGAAAUACCAUGGACCGGUUCGCGACCGGGAGAGCCUGACGAAGAUAAUCGCAGCACACACUCGUACAGGAGCACAUCGAGAGUGUCAUCGCGACGGCAGAGCACCGAAGACUCAAUCGAUUCCGAAGACGAGUGGUAUUGCUACGAACUGAGGAAACUCGAAGAGCUAGAAAGACAGUCGGAGAUGGAGAUGACCGAAGUGUUGAUCGAGGAAGAAGAGCACGAAGCUUACCAGCCGGACGAAGAGGUGAAGGAGAGGAUGUCGUUCGUGCUGAAGGAGCUCAAGCUCAAAGCUAUCACGAAGCCUAAGGAUCAAGUGAUGAAGGAGGAACGAGAGGAACCGCGAGCUAGAAUGAACGGCACGGUCGCAAAGGAGCAUCGUGGCGAGGAGAACGAUAGGUAUCGCGAUGAGAAGCCGAUCCCGAAGCGAAAAUCCGCGGAGAGUGUGGAGGCCGUGUUCGCCCGGGUGACCGAUUACCACACCUGGGCACAUGAGAUCGAAGCCAAGAAAGAGAAAGAACGGCCUCCACCGUCCACGGAGGAAGGCUCCUCCGGCGAGACCUCCGGCCCGGAUAGCCCCGGCCAGUCGAUGGACGAAGAAGAAGAAGAAGAGCUGCCCAAGGAUCUUGAAGAACAGCAGUCAAGACGCAGCUCUAACGGAUCGACGUUGCGUCGCGACGGCGAGAAGGUGUUGCAGGGCUCGGAUUCCCUUUCCCGCGAAGGUAGCGUAAGUGUACCACCUAGCGAAGUGUCGGUCAGCAUCCCUGGAGCUUGGGAUUCUGAAAGCACUGUCCUUGAAGGCCUCGAGCGCGAUGGAGCCGGUAGCGCCGAGACUGCUACAACGGCGACCUUGAGUCUACCGAAGAUCAAGAUCGACUCCUCGUCCUGCGGAAGCUCGGACACGACAUUGAAGGAGGGCCAGGCGAGUCCUGGCCCACCCGGGUCCAAGUGGAAGCUGCUCAAGGCCUUGAAGGAACGUAAGGCCGAGGAGAAGCUCAAGGAGGUCGAAGAGGCCUCUAAGGAGAACGCUAUCUCUCAGGGACCCACGGCAAACGGCAACGUACCUGUCGGCGAAUCUGGUGGACGGGCGAACGGACACCCGGGUGACAAUCCUUUCUACAGCACCAUCGACAGCAUGCCGGACAUUCGACCGCGACGGAAGUCGAUACCGCUGGUUUCCGAGCUGGUCUUGAAGACCAUGGCGGCGACGAAGAGGAACGCUGGCCUGACAUCCGCCGUACCGCGGGCGACGCUGAACGACGAGGAGCUGAAGAUGCACGUGUACAAGAAAACCCUGCAGGCGAUGAUCUACCCAAUAUCCUCGACUACUCCUCACAAUUUCGUCACUUGGACGGCCACAUCGCCCACCUACUGCUACGAGUGCGAGGGUCUGCUUUGGGGCAUCGCACGGCAAGGGGUGCGCUGCAUGGAGUGCGGCGUCAAGUGUCACGAGAAGUGCAAGGAUCUCCUGAACGCCGACUGCUUGCAGAGGGCGGCUGAGAAGAGCUCGAAGCACGGCGCCGAGGACAAGGCGAUCAGCAUAAUCACAGCGAUGAAGGAGCGGAUGAAGCAGAGGGAGCGCGAGAAGCCGGAGAUCUUCGAGCUGAUUCGGUCAGUCUUCGGGGUCGACGAGAAGGCGCACUCGGGUCACAUGAUGUCGGUGGAGCAGUCGGUUUUGGACGGUACCAGCAAGUGGUCGGCGAAGAUCGCUAUUACAGUGAUCAGCGCUCAGGGAUUGAUCGCCAAAGAUAAGAGCGGCACAUCCGACCCCUACGUGACGGUCCAAGUGGGUAAAGUAAAGAAGCGCACGAGAACCAUGCCGCGGGAGCUGAAUCCAGUGUGGCACGAGAAGUUUUACUUCGAAUGCCACAAUUCGUCCGACCGGAUCAAGGUGCGGGUGUGGGAUGAAGACAACGACCUGAAGUCGAAGCUGCGACAAAAGCUGACGAGGGAGAGCGACGACUUCCUCGGGCAGACCAUCAUCGAGGUGCGAACCUUGAGCGGUGAGAUGGACGUCUGGUACAACCUGGAGAAGCGGACGGACAAGAGCGCGGUGUCGGGCGCCAUUCGGCUGCACAUCAGCGUCGAGAUCAAGGGCGAGGAGAAGGUGGCACCUUACCACGUGCAGUACACCUGCCUGCACGAAAACCUCUUCCACAGUCUGUGCGAGGAGAACGGCGGCAUGGUGACCUUACCGCAGGCAAAGGGCGACGACGCCUGGAAAGUUUACUUUGAUCCACCCGGCGAGGAGCUGGUCGACGAGUUUGCAAUGCGCUACGGCAUCGAGAGUAUCUACCAGGCGAUGACGCACUUCCACUGCCUAUCAACCAAGUACCUGUGCCCAGGCGUUCCGGCCGUGAUGUCGACCCUCCUGGCAAACAUAAACGCGUACUACGCCCACACGACCGCUAGUCCGGCCGUGUCGGCCAGUGAUAGAUUUGCCGCCAGUAACUUCGGGAAAGAGAAAUUCGUGAAACUGCUGGACCAGCUGCACAACUCCCUGCGGAUCGACCUGUCGAUGUACAGGAACAACUUCCCAGCCUCGAGCCAGGAGAAACUGAUGGAUUUGAAGAGCACCGUGGACCUGUUGACGAGCAUCACGUUCUUCCGCAUGAAGGUGCAGGAACUGUCGAGCCCGCCGCGCGCCAGCACCGUCGUGAAGGAUUGCGUGAAGGCGUGCCUGCGCUCGACGUAUCAGUUCCUCUUCGAGAACUGCUACGAUUUGUACAAUCGGGAGUUCCAGACCGACCCGAACGAGGUGAAGCGCGACUCUGACGAUCACGGGCCGCGAUUAGACUCGCUCGACUUCUGGCACAAGCUGAUCGCCCUGAUCGUCUCGGUCAUCGAGGAGGACAAGAACAGCUAUGCGCCCGUGUUGAAUCAAUUCCCUCAGGAGCUGAACAUCGGUCAACUGUCGGCAGCCACCAUGUGGUCUCUGUUCGCGGUCGACAUGAAGUAUGCCCUGGAGGAACAUGAGCAGCAUAGACUGUGCAAGUCCUCGGCCUAUAUGAACCUGCACUUCAAGGUCAAAUGGCUACACGCCAACUACGUCAAGGAUGUGCCGCCUUAUAAGGGCGCUGUGCCGGAAUACCCAGCCUGGUUCGAGCCCUUCGUCAUGCAGUGGCUCAACGAGAACGACGACGUGUCAUUAGAAUAUCUCCAUGGUGCCUUUAGUAGAGAUAAAAAGGAAGGCUUCCAGAAGAGCAGCGAGCACGCGCUCUUCAGCGUCUCCGUCGUCGACGUCUUCACGCAGCUCACGCAAUGCUUCGACGUGGUAUCGAAGCUCGAGUGCCCAGACCCGGAGAUCUGGAAGAGAUACAUGAAGAGGUUCGCCAAGACCAUAAGCAAGGUGUUGCUAGCCUACGCGGACAUAGUCAAGAAGGAAUUCCCGAGUAAUCUGCAGGAGGAACGAAUCGCAUGCAUUCUGAUGAACAACAUCCAGCAACUUCGGGUGCAGCUGGAGAAGAUGUUUGAGUCAAUGGGCGGCGAUAAGCUCGAGGCGGAUGCAGCGAACAUAUUGAAGGACCUGCAGCAACAACUGAACGGUGCUCUGGAUGAUCUGGCGGUGCUCUUCGCGAAUAGUUUAGAACCACGAAUAACCGGCUCAGUUAAGGAAGUGGGAGAUGUUCUGUUAACCAUCAAAGGUGGCGGACAGGUCCCGUUGUCACAAUCGGCGCAGAGAAACAACGUGGCUGUUGAGGCGGACGAGGUAUUGCGACCGCUCAUGGUACUACUUGACGGUAGCCUGUCUGUGUACGCCGAGUCAUGCGAGAAGACGGUGCUGAAGAGGCUUCUCAAGGAACUGUGGAAGAUAGUGAUGAGGAUUCUGGAGAAGACCGUUGUUCUGCCGCCUAUGACGGACAAGAGCAUGAUGUUCAAGAAUCUAACGGACAACGCCAAGAAUCUCGCUGCGAACGCCAAGAUAGAGGAUAUGUCGAAGCUGUUCAAGAACCAUAUGGCUGGCAAACCCGACGUAAAAAAUGCCCUCAGCGGAGUCAUGGAUAUCUCUAAGGAAGUGGAGAAGAAUCUUUCGCCGAAGCAAUGCGCGAUCCUCGACGUCGCUCUCGACACAAUCAAGCAGUACUUCCAUGCUGGCGGUAGCGGCCUGAAGAAAGCGUUCCUGGAGAAAUCGCCUGAAUUGCAGAGCCUCCGUUACGCGCUGAGUUUAUACACGCAGACGACGGACACUCUCAUAAAGACCUUUGUCACCUCCCAAGUCAAUCAAGUGCCGCUGAACGACGCGUCAACGCUACGUCAGCGUCAGCGUUCGAUGAGCAGCGAGAGAGGUGACGAAGGGGAAGGAGCCGAGGGUAUGGAAAGCCUCGAGGAACCCCUUCGCCAGAGCAAGCCCUCUCUUCGUCGAGAGAGCCGACAAGUUUCAGAUACCGCCGGUUCGGACGAAGGCUCAGUGGGCGAGGUGAGCAUCCAGGUGGAUCUCUUCACGCAUCCGGGAACCGGAGAUCAGAAGGUCACCGUCAAAGUCGUGGCUGCGAAUGACUUGAAGUGGCAGUUGGCGACGGGUAUGUUCAGACCGUAUGUCGAGGUGAACUUGAUCGGUCCACACCUCGCCGGCAAGAAGAGGAAACAGUCGACGAAGUCAAAGAGCAACAACUGGUCGCCGCAAUUCAACGAGAGCUUUGACUUCAUGAUCGGUAACGAGCAGCAGCAGCUGGACUUCCACGAGCUGCAUAUCUGUGUGAAGGACUAUUGCUUCGCGAGAGAGGACAGGCUCGUCGGAGUCGCGGUGAUGCAGCUCAAGGACAUCGUCGACGAGGGCUCAUGCGCGUGCUGGCUAUCACUCGGCAAGCGUAUCCAGAUGGACGAGACCGGCUGGACGAUCCUGCGCAUUCUCUCACAGCGCAACAACGAUGAGAUCGCCAAGGAGUUCGUGAAACUGAAGAGCGAUAUCAGGCAGGAGACCCCGCUACCGAAUCCCACUUGAGAAGAUGCGACGCCGCGUUAAGCCGACGAGCGAAGCGAUUCGAGUACUUCGAGCUUGGAAAGAGCCCGAAGGGGAGCAGGAGGCCGUCCAAAGGGGGUAGCGUUUGACCUUUGGUGCCACGAGAACGAAACCCUUCACGACUAAUUCCGCGAGAAAGAGAGAAAGAGAGCGAGAGAAAGCGAAAGAGUGAGUGUGAGUGAGAGACAGAGAGCGAGAAAGAAAGACACGCGAGAGCGAGAGAAAGAGAGAGAAAGGUAUGUUAACGCGCAAUCUCACGCAUCGCCUGGCGAAAACGAUCGCCCGAACCCUUCCGCUCGUCGCGACACACAACUGGAAGGGACGGUCAUCCUCCGCGGAGAGAUAGCGAGAGACUCGAUGAUCUUACGGAACCUAGACCCUCCGGCUUCCUUCGCGCCGCAGAGUUCGGUCGAACGUAUUCCUCUCCCUUUUUUACACGAGUCACAGAGCUUUAGCCCCGUCCCUGGACAGCGACGAUGCACCGGGAAUUAUCUUCCACAGAUCCCGAGCUGAGACGACGAGCUAUGAGGGUCAAGCCCGCGUGGCACGCGACGUUCGUCCGGUAACUACUACAAUAAGAAAAGGGUGGCUCCCGUCGCCCUUUCGCGGAACUACUUAGAUAGACAAGGAAAGACAGAGCUCGACAGCAACACAAGCGCGACGCCCCGCGUAUAAAGCAACACGGAAUAUACAUCGGACUCUUCUUCGUGCGAGUGCCGCGAGCGAGAACGAGAAGAAAGGGAACACGAAGGAGAAAGGGAAGGAGAGAGAAAGAGAGAGAUAACACAAAGAGAGAAAGAGAGUGUGUCUCGACGAAGACGCGAUAACGUGAAAACAGUGCUGCCAGUACGCAAUAUAUUUGGUAAUAUUCGUAACGUAAGAUAGGACGAGAUCACAUCGGGGAACUCGCACGGUGCUUCGAAAACGCGACGACGGGACUCUCUCGAUCGCGGACCGGUCACCGAAAGACUGACCUCGAAGAGCAGAAGAAACAGGGGAGACAAAGAGAAUGAGAAAACGUAGGAGCGCGGGUCCGCGCGGUCCCCGCGCCACGCGAUCGCACGUGUCUGAAAGGGAGUGUAGUCGAGCACACGGGAACGAGGCAAAACGCGAACGAGGAGGACCGCAUAACGCACUCACACACACAUACACACGUACACAUUCACA